AUGCAUUCGAAAUUUCAGAUUUUUGCAUUCGUCUUUCUGUAUCUUACCGUAAAUAACGUAUUAGGCAAGGUAGGUGAUGUCACACAAACAUGUACGUGUUCUCAAACGGCUACUAGUGGUUAUUACUGUGCUGCAUUGACCUGUGUCACUACAGCAGAAUCAGCGUCCUGUUUCAGUGGCCGAAGUACUGUACAAACUCGUAAUGGGCGUAUAAAACCUAUAUCUGAAGUUGAAGUCGGUGAAGAAAUACUUGUUUUCAAUGGCAUCCAGCCAACAUUUGAACCAAUUUUCGACUUUAUUCAUAUGGAACGCACAAACAUGUAUAAGUUUCUUCGUUUAAAUUUUAUUCCUAACAAUGGAAAAAAUUUGACUUCAAGCAUCGAAAUAUCUUCGAAACAUUUGAUUUUUCUCUAUGGUCAACAGAAUCCUGUUUUUGCUUCAGAAAUCAAUAUCGGAUCUCAAAUACAAGUUGUUAACCAUCAAGAAAUACUUGCUGGUACUGUUAUUCAAAUUGAAACAGUUCAAUCACAAGGCUUUUACGCUCCACUUACAGCAUCGGGUACAAUCAUCAUUGAUAGUGUUGUUUGUUCAAAUUAUGCUAAUGUACGAAAUCAUUAUCUUGCUCAUUUAGCGAUGCAACCUUAUCAAUGGUGGAUGAUGCUUGUUGGACCCAGAAAAUCGAUUACCAGUGAAAUCAAUUGGUAUGCGUCUGCUUUGCAGGUUUUCGCUGAGAAAACUGGUUACUUUGUUUCGCUGUAA